GUCCUCGCCCAGGAGCUCGUCCUCGCCGGGCGAGACGACGCCAGGGUCGGCGCGCGCUGGGCCACCAUCCUCGUAGCUUCCCAGGGAGGCGCGCUCGUCCGGUCCCCGGGGGCUGGCGGCGCCGCCCGUAGGUCCCGAGAAGUGAGCCAGCUGUCCUCCGGGUCCCCUAGCCCCACGCAGAGCCUGAGUCCGCGCCCUGCAGCCCCAAACCUGCGGAAAGCGCGUGGGGCCAGUUACUGCUGGGCCCCGACCCGCCCGGGCUCCCUGCAGGGACCACCCGGCGGGUCUCCGUCACCGGACCGCCUACGCCGAGCGAAGAAGGCGGGGCUGCGGGCAACCGGCGCCCCGGUAUUUGCAAUAAUUGCAGCCUCCGGCGCUGCCUGGGGCGAUGCGCGACCCGGAAACCUAGCGCGCAAGGUUCGACCCGGCUCCCCAGAGGACUUGUGAGCCACUUUGCUCACCCUUGGGGCCGACCCGGGUGCCUGGGCCCCGGAGCGCGAGUUUUUUUUAGGUGGGAAAUAAAACCAUAAGAUGAAUCCAGGGGCUGGGAGCAAUUUGAAUGUCUUCAGUUGGGCUCUGCCCUCUCUGCUUGCUACAAACUGCCACAUUUGAGCUGGUCCCUGAAGAUGUAGAAUCACUCUUCUAAACAUCUGUUAUUGCACAGGGUCCUGAAUCCUUCAGGGCCAAUUUGGGUGUGAAAAUUCUCACUAAGGACUGACUUGGUGGCAAGUGGCAGAAACCAACUCCAACUGAACAGAUCUAGUUCCUUUUCUGUCAUCUCAUUCUUAAUUAUAAACCAUGGAGAACAAAGAUAAAACAAUUGAACACGAAGAUUCGGAACCAUCCACGGGGGUGAAAAACACAGUGUCCACGUAUCAAGAAGCACAGGAGGAAACAAUUAUGAACCCCAAAGGUAUAGAUGGAAAUGAACCAACAGAAGGAAGUAACCUACUGAAUAGCGGUGAAAAAAUGCAACAGGAAGCAACACCUGAACCAAAUCAUUUGCAAAGAAUAAGACAGACAUUUGCUUGCCCACCACAUGGCUUACUGGACAGCAUAGUAACAAAUGUUACCAUGGUGGUUCUUCUGUGGGCUGUCGUUUGGUCAAUUACUGGCAGUGAAUGUCUUCCUGGAGGAAACCUGUUUGGGAUUAUAAUUCUAUUCUAUUGUGCCGUCACUGGAGGUAAACUUUUUGGGCUCAUUAAGUUGCCUACAUUACCUCCACUGCCUCCUCUUCUGGGCAUGCUGCUUGCUGGGUUUCUCAUCAGAAAUAUCCCUGUCAUCAGUGAUAACAUACAGAUCAAGCACAAGUGGUCUUCGGCUUUGAGAAGCAUUGCCCUCUCUGUCAUAUUAGUCCGCGCUGGCCUUGGGCUUGAUUCAAAUGCCCUGAAGAAGUUGAAGGGUGUUUGCGUAAGAUUAUCCAUGGGUCCUUGUCUCGUGGAGGCGUGUUCAUCUGCUCUUCUUGCCCAUUUCCUCAUGGGUUUACCAUGGCAGUGGGGAUUUAUGCUGGGUUUUGUUGUAGGCGCUGUAUCCCCAGCUGUCGUGGUACCGUCCAUGCUCCUUUUGCAAGAAGGAGGCUAUGGUGUUGAAAAAGGCGUCCCAACCUUACUCAUGGCUGCUGGCAGCUUCGAUGACAUUCUGGCCAUCACUGGCUUCAACACCUGCCUGGGCAUGGCCUUUUCCACAGGUUCCACAGUUUUUAAUGUCCUCAAGGGAGUUUUGGAGGUUGUAAUUGGGAUGGCAGCUGGAUUCCUUCUUGGAUUUUUUAUUCAGUAUUUUCCAAGCAGUGACCAGGACAAGCUCGUAUGGAAGAGAGCGUACCUGGUCCUGGGGCUGGCAGUGCUGGCUGUGUUUAGCAGCACGUAUUUUGGUUUUCCUGGGUCUGGAGGACUCUGCACGUUGGUCAUGGCUUUCCUCGCGGGCAAGGGAUGGGCCAGCACAAAGGUAGAUGUUGAAAAAAUUAUAGCAGUUGCCUGGAGCAUUUUUCAGCCCCUUCUUUUUGGACUGAUUGGAGCGGAGGUUUCCAUUGCAUCUCUCAGACCAGAAACUGUAGGCCUUUGUGUUGCCACCCUGGGCAUUGCAGUAUUGAUACGGAUUUUGACCACAUAUUUGAUGGUGUGCUUUGCUGGUUUUAACAUUAAGGAAAAGAUAUUUAUUUCUUUUGCAUGGCUUCCAAAGGCCACAGUACAGGCUGCCAUAGGAUCUGUGGCUUUGGACACAGCAAGGUCACAUGGAGAGAAAGAGUUAGAAGGAUAUGGAAUGGAUGUGUUGACAGUGGCAUUUUUGGCCAUCCUCAUCACGGCCCCAAUUGGAGGUCUACUUAUUGGUUUGCUAGGCCCCAGGCUUCUCGAAAAAGCUGAACAGAAAAAUAAAGAUGAAGAAGAUCAAGGAGAGACUUCUAUACAAGCUUAAAGGUGAAAAGAGAGAAUGCUGAAUAUAAUUAUUCGAAAGAUGCCAGCAGCGGCUACUCUUAUCCAGAUGGAUAUUGACAUAUGUAGUGUUUAAGCUUAAAAUGUAAUAGAACCAAAUGUGUGCCAGUUUCUUUAAGCAGCAGUUUUAGCCAUUGCCCUUUCCCUAUGGGGCUUUGAGGGUAAUGUUCUACAUCUCCAACCUCAACUCUACCUUCCUUUUUUUUUUUCAAACAUCCAUUCAUCAUAUAUCUUAAUUUGUAUAGUGACAUGUACACUUCAUUGUACUGCCACAAUUUCAGUAUCCUGUUCUGCUAGCCCACGGCUUGCUCUGACUUGCUCUUACCAUCACAGUUUCAUGAUUCAUGGUCACCUAGCCUUUCAUGCCUUGAAUUGUUUGGGGCUCGUCUUCUUUUUGUUGUUUUGUUUUACUCAUUGGUCAAUUUUUGCUUCCCUGCUAAUCUGCCUCUUUUCCAUUUCUACCUCUCUGAACAACUUUCUGUGACUUAGUAUAACUGAUUGGUCCCCAAAAUUUUGAAGUACAUGUGGUGUUAUCAUUGGUUUUUCUUCUUAAGCCUGUCUAGAUGUCAGAGACUUUGUCCUAUUCCCUAGCCAGGUACACAGAGUCCCCUAUUUCAGUGGCCCAUCUGAGUUUGCUUCCACCUAAGGAGUGCCCCGAUCCAGCCCUUUCUUAUUUGUUUCUUGUGGCCAACAUCUUGAUGCUAAUCUUUUUCUCCAGGUGAGAGAUAGCUAGUUUUCAAAUCUAUGCCAGCCUCAUGAAUAUCAUCUUAAUUAGGGUAAGGUAAGUUGCUGUAAUGGAGAAACAAAAAGUACCGUAUUUAAUGUAUUUCCCUCCUGUAAAACCAGCUGACAGGUUGAUAAUGACAAGGUUACUCUGAGGUCUACUCAGAGACCCAUGUCCUUCUGUCCUGAGGCUCUGCCAUGCCCACAAAGGUCAAAGAUGGAUUUCUCCCAUGUCCCCCUUCUAGUCCUCAGGAGGAAGGAAGAAAGAAAGCCCAAGGCAAACGAUUUAUUUUCAAGGAAGUGGUUGGAAGUUGGACGCACCUCUCCUCUUAGAGUCUGUUGAUGAUGACCAUGCCCAGGUGUGAAGAGGCUGAGCGGUGCUGUCCCUCACUAAGCAUUCACAUUCCUAGGAAAGGGAAAGAUCAGAUUUGAGAGCCAAGAGUACCAUUGUGUUGGGUGUUACCAUCACCUAGUAGCAUAUUCUUACAGGAUUAACAGGGCUAUUUAAAGACAGUAUCUUUUAAGUGACCAGAGAUCAAGAAGACAUUGUCAGAUACUCAUGAAGAAGCUGAAUUACAAUCUUUUCCAAAAAGAAGUCCAUGCAAAUAAGCAUUCCUCAAAGCUUUUGUUUUGGGGAUAAAUUUUCAGAUGAUUUUUACAUUACACAUAAAAAAUUAAAUCACCUUCUAAAUACGUAAAACUAGUCCUUGUAUGAACCAAGGAUUAAGAAUCAAAGAUUACGAUUAAAUAAACUUCAAAGAAAAUUCUAAUUGUUUUAUAUAUGAUUUCAAAUACAUGUAUGUAUAUAAAUGAAUAAAGUAAAAGUUUAUAAAAUUUAAAAAAUUAAAAUUAAAAAAAUAAAGAAAGUACCUUUAACCAAAAGAGUGACUUCUGUAGCAGGAAUUUCAGGCGUUGUGACCUGCUAGCAGAGAAGAUGAGAAGAAAGGCUUACCUGCAUAGGUCACAUUUUAUCCCCCUUAAUCAGCAGCCCAUCUCUGCUUUUACAUAUCACCCAUAAGUUCCUCUACUUUAGGCCAAUUCCUGCCUAGUUGUUAGAAUAAUCAUGUUUAAGUAAGCAGGGCAUUAGACUACCUAAGGGCCUGAUUUAAAAGGAGACACACAUGUAAACCAACUGAGAAAAGGGUUAUAAGUGCUCUGACAGAAGUGAAUAUAGAGUAUAAACACGCUUUUGGAUAUUGGACUAGCAUGUCAUGUUGGAAUAAACAUCUUGUCAUUAGACUGCUUUUCCAGUCCCUUCCACCAUGACUUUCACCUCUGUCCAAACCUAGCUUAAUUUUCAUGAAGGUAUCAUUAUAUGAAACCGUUAACAAUCUUCAUUUUUAUGUCAGCCUGACUCUGGCUCACUGUAUUCCCUUACUGUUUAUAUUCUGUUUGGACUGGAUUAACUUCUACCAAAGUCAGAUGGAUGAACUUCCUUAGCUUAUGGUAGCACCAUAAACAAUGCUCCUCUGGUCUCUACUUUCCCAGGCUCUGAAACUAGAUUCAUUCAACAAACAUCACCAAAAGCCUUCAGUGAGCCAGCACAUCAUGGAGACUAAUAUUAUUACCAUCUUUAAGGAUCUGACAGUCUGAUCGAGGAAAGAGACCAUUAAACAAGAGAUUGAAGAACAGUAUGAUAAGUGCUAGGAUGCAGGAAGUGUGGGGUUGCCAGGGAGCUCAUAGCAGGAGCACCCAUCAAUCCAGGGGAGGUGCGGUUUAGGCAGAGCCUCUAGAGAAAGUAAGAUCUUGACCAGGACUUGGGGGAUGAUUAGCAAAAGGCACGUGAGGCUGAAGGGUGGUACAGUUAGUGCUGGUUCCCACGUUCGCCGGUAGAUUUUCUCCAUGUAAUAGGCUUUGAAUACUUAUUAACUAAUGCAAAACAUAGUCAGUAUUUGUAAGGAAAUGAGAAUGUUGUUAUAAACAUUCAAGGCCCCAAAGAAGAAUUAGAAGUGGAAAUUCCGUGGAAAUCAUCGAGGAGCCCCGUAAGCCACUGCCAAGAGCCUGUUCCAUUUUUCAGAGCAUGUGGUGACUUCCUUCCUACCUCUCCUCGGUGGGCAGCCACCGACCAAAUCUCUAUGGCUCUCUGUCCAGUUGUGGUCUCUGCAGGGCUCCCUGUGAAGUCUCACGUUUGUCACCACAUUGUAAGUCACAGCUGUUGUCUUGGUUGGUAAUCUCAGAGUUAACGAUGCGGAGGGAUGACAGGCCAACCAAACUUAGCCCACCCCAACCAGCGAUAGAAUCCACUACCCUAACCUCCAGGUGCCUGAAAGAAGGAUGUAGUACCUUAUACAUACGUCUGUCAGAUACUUACAGUGCCUUUUUCAGUUUGUUUGUAUGUUUGUCUCCUAUUAAAUUAACCCCUGAGGAGUGGGAGCCAUAUCUUAGUUACCUUUGAAUCCUUAGCACUAUGCGCAGGGCAUGGAGCACCGUGGACACUUAAUAAAUGUUUAUCCACUGAAACAGUGAGGAGAUUCUCUUCCAGUGUCAGAAAACUACCUGUCCCACAACAGUUUAGAUCUUGGUCAGUUUAAUCUAUCUUGGUCUCCUCGGGCUCCUACCACAAUGUACCAUAGAUUGAGUGGCUUAAACAACAGAUAUUCACCUUCUCAUAGUUCUGGAGGCUGGAAGUCAGGCAUGAGGGUUGCCAGCAUGAUUGGGCGCUGAUGAGGGCUGUCUUUCUAGUGUGCUGGUAGCCUCCUUCGCACUCUGUCCUCACAAAGUGGGGGAGGAAAUGGGGAUGGAGGAACAUAUGCAAGCUCUCUGGUGUCUUUUCUUAAAACAUUACCAAUCCAGAGUUCCCGUUGUGGCCCAGCAGGUUAAGAAGCCAACACAGUGUCCGUGAGGAUGCAGGUUCAAUCCCUGGCCUCACUCAGUGGGUUAAAGAUCCCACGUGGCCACAAGCUGGCUCGGAUCUGGCAUUGCUGUAGCUGUGGUGUAGGCUGGCAACAACUCCCGACUCAACCCCUAGCCUGGAAACUUCAUAUGCUUGUGUGGCCCUUAAAAAAAAAAAUUACCAGUCCACCGUGAGGGUAGCUUCAUGACCUCAUCUAAUCUAAUUACCUCUCAAAGGUAAAUUUCCAAAUAUCAUCACGUUGGGAGUUUUGGCUUCAACCUAUGAAAUUGGCGGUGAGCGCAGGUAGGACACAAUUUAGUUCACAGCAAGCGUGUCAUACUUCCAAGGACAGGGCUAAACAGUGUCAAUUCAUGUUCUUCAAUACCCUUUUUUUCCUAGAGUCAGUGCCAUCCAUCUCCCCACUGAGGAGUUUGUUUUUAGGCAGACUGAUUAGGUUUCAACUCUUUCGUUUCACAUUCCAGUGUUUUUCUCUCGGGUAUUAACUCCAUAUAACUUGAUUGGAUUUGAGUAUCGCUAAAAUGUCCUCAGUUAUGUUUGCAAAUGAUCUCAUAGUUUCUUUAAAGAUAGUAUUGAUUAUUUUUGUCUGAUUACAAAAAAAUACAUUUUCAUUGCAGAAAAUUUAGAACACAAAAGUACAAGAAAGAAAACAAAUUGCUUUUAAUGUAAACAUCCAUUUUAUUUGAUUCUUUUAAAUUUUACUCUUGCAGUUCUGGGAGACAGCUUAUUUUCAGAAAGAUAUAUCAUCCACUGAAUUAGUUGGGUGAAAGGCAACAUAAAUACUUUAUAUUUGACUUCUGUGAAGAUAAAUAGAUUGAAUAAUUUUUAUUGUAUAUAAUGAAUGCUUAGUCUUCCAAAAUAUGAUUUAUUCUUCUGUAAACACUCAAAUAUUCAUUUUGCAAUGAAUAAAACAGACAAAUAUCUGCCUUUAUGGA